GUGAGCAAGGCGGCGAAGGGUGGGGAGGCCCCAUCGCCGCCAUCCAACGCUUCGAUGCCCCCGUCAGGCGAUGGAGAUGGAGAAUGGGGUGUUCCUGGGUCCGGUGGGCUAUCUCACCUUGCAGGGCCCCAUGGGCUUCACUGCUCGCCGCCUCGCCUUCACCUUCCACACGCUCACCCUCGGCCCGCUGCCGCCCUUCGCCCUUCCAGGCCAGCCUACGCCCUUCCAGAGGGCGAUAGGCGGCGAGGAGGACAAGGGGAGGGUGCGAGGGGAGGGCAAGGCGGGCAGCAGGGACCCUUUCUUCACCUGGUUCUACGUCGACCACCGCAUCGCUGCUGCCACAGGCAGAGGCCGCGGUGCUGCCUCCUGG